AUGUCUGCUCCAACAGAAGAGGCCUUGGAAUUAGAAAGAGAACUUCAGAGUCUUAACAAUCCUCCUGUCAAAACCAUUCAGCUCGACGGUGAUAUCAUAGAUUGCGCAGACAUCAAUCAUCAGCCUGCCCUCGAUCACCCUUUACUCAAGAAUCACAAAAUCCAGCUAAGACCAACUUCAAUUCCAGCUACUCAGACGAAAAAAUCAGUCCUUGUGAAUAAACCAUUACAGGCAGGGUUUAUGCAGGCAGGAUGCCCUAAUGGAACAGUUCCUAUCUAUAGAACCACAAAGGAAUAUUUAACAAGGGCAAAAAGUCUUUCACAUCAGAUGUUUAGUAAUAUCAGCCAAAUUAAUGAUAUUGCCCCAAAUGUUCAUGUCUCACCAUCAAUCAAUGGCGAUAGCGAGCCUCGAUUGUUUAUAUAUUGGACUUUAAAUGCGGAUAAGACGGGGUGCUUUAACUCAUUCUGCCAAAGGUUUGUACAAGUUGACCGAGACAUAGGCCCCAAAACUCGUUUCGAUCCGGUGUCUAGUUUUGGUGGAACAACAUACGAUUCCAAAUUUGCUAUCUACCAGAAAGUUGGAAGAUGUCACAAGACUCCAUACCAAAAAAAUUGGUGGCUUGUGGUAUCAGAGAAGGAUGUUGCGAUAGGGUAUUGGCCAAAGGAGCUAGUACCUAGUUUGGAAAUUGGGGCUGGAGAUGUGGGGUGGGGAGGAAUUGCCAUGGCUCAAGAGAACGAAAAUGCUCCCCCAGUAGGCAGUGGCCAAUACCCAGAUGGCACGUAUCAACAUGUUGGCUAUUUCAGAGACAUACAUUUCAUGAAGGAUGGGCUUCACCCAAAAGUUCCAACAGACGCUGAUCCUGUGUUCGAGUAUGCAGAAGUACCAUGUUACGCUGAUCCUGUGUUCGAGUAUACUCUAUUGGAAUCUUCAGCACGUCCUGAAGACCAACACUCCUCAGAUCUUCAUAAUAUUGAGAUGCUGCUGUUAUUAUGGCUGGCUGGAUGGGUUCGCUGCGCCGAUCGCCAGAGCACAUCGAGUUUUGCAGUGAGAGAGAGAGGCUUGCACAGUGAGUUUCUUAAGGCAUCCAUUGUUGUCGAGGAUACCCAAACAUCAAAUUGGUGGCUUGCAGUAACAGACAGGAACAUUACAGUAGGGUAUUGGCCAAAGAAAAUGUUACCUCAUUUAAGAAAUGGGGCUGGAGAAGUAGGGUGGGGAGGAACUGCCAUGGCUGCAACAAAACGUAGCCCCCCAAUAGGGAGUGGCCAAUACCCAGAUGACAAUUAUGACCGUGCAGCCUAUUUCAGAAACCCGCAUUUCAUUAGGGUUUGGCUUAAAGAAGUGGUUCCUUCAGAGACUGAUCCUGUAUAUGAGUAUACAGGGCAAUCUGGCUGUUAUGGCUUAGAAAAUGGCAAGGAUACUAAGGUUGAGUUUUGGGGUUAUAGAUUUGCAUAUGGAGGGCCAGGUGGUGAAUGUGGGCCCUAG